AUGAUAGAGCAAUUUCUUGACAUGGUACCAUCUGGUUUGUCCACAAAGGCAUCAACAUGGUAUUCAGACUCCCUGUUGGGAUAUAUCUUGACAUGUUCAUAUGGAACCCCUAAACAUAAACAUAAAGAGAGAGACCUUAAAGGCAUGACGAGGCUUGCAACCCAUGAGUUGCAGAGUGCUUUGGAGAACAGGACGCGAGUACCGAAACGACGGCGUCCCAUUAGCCCCUCCCUGACAGCCGUCGUCAUCCUCCCGCACCACCAAGUACAGCAGCUUCGUCGCCAUCCCUAUUCCAUCUCAAUGCACUCUCCAGAAAAAUAA